AGUUGGCUUUAGAGGAGGGGGAGGGGAAGGGCCAGUGGGUAAAGGAGAAACUAUGAAAGCUCAGUGAAGGAGGAGGACCAGAAAGAGAAGGAGGAGGGGCUCAGAAGGGCUGGAGUAAGCUCUGCCCCUAAUCAUGGGCGGAGGGACAGAAAGAACGUGGAUGGGGAGAAGUUGGGAAGAGCUGCCACUGGGAUCGUGAACAAAGCUGCUGGCUGACUCACAAGUUCUUCGUCAAAAUCUAUCUCUAUAUAUAUUAAAAAAAAAAAAAAAAAAAAAAAGAACCGAGGGAAUCUGAGGAAGACUGGAAGGCUAUAUACUUCAAAAAGUGCCUGUCUGGUCCAUGCUUGGAAGCUACUGAAAAUACAGAAUGUUGUACUUGCUGCUGCUUUCCAUGAUGGAGCUGCGAUGGGCAGCACCUGAGAGCCCACUGAGCAUGGAAGGUGUUGCUGUGCCAAAGGCAAUAGCAACUCUCUUUCAAGUCACAGAGCUUGGUCCCCAGGAGGACAAACUCAGUUUUUCUAGCUUAUCUUGUGAGGAGUUCAAUAAGACAACAAGAGGCACCUUGUUUCUAGUCAACAGAAGCCUUGAAAACUUCCCUCCUUGUCUGUCAAAGACACUACAAAGCUUAGACCUAAGCAGUAACAAGUUGAAGGAAUUGAAAGAUCAGGACCUGAGGAACCUUCCCAAUCUUCAAGUUCUUAUCCUGAGGAACAACCUGAUCCAAGAGCUUCACUGGGGGGGAACCCUGGUCUUUGAGAGCCUUGAAACUCUGGACCUAAGCUACAACAAGCUCUCAUCCAUGCCCAGCUGCCAAACUAUGAUGUUGCCGAACCUGACAGAGCUUUCACUUGUUGGAAAUCCUAUUCUGGAAAUCCAACCCGGGGCAUUUUCCUGCUUUCCAUCCCUACGUCUCCUUAACCUGUCAGCUACUCUGUUGGGAAAAAAUGAUCAAGAGGGAAUUAAGGAGUCAGCUUUUGCUCAAAGAAUAUUAAACGAAGCUGGAGAAAAGAUACCGAUGCAAACCAUGGAAGUACUGGAUCUGAGUGGGACUUUUCUUCCAGAAAUCCAGCUGGGAUGGAUCAGGGACAUACCAAACCUCACGUCCCUCUACCUUAAGAAGAUGGCAAGGCUGAAAAGCCUUGAUGGGGAAAUAUUCAAGGCUACACCUAACUUGAGAGUACUGGAUUGUCAAGACUCUCAAGCACUAAGUCUUGUUAAAACAAAAAUAUUUGAAGAUACUCCUCAUUUGCAAUCUCUUCUAUUCCAAAAUUGCAACCUGAGUUCCUUCCAACCUUGGUCUCUGGAUUCCUCCCAAGUCAUUUUCAUCAACCUAUAUGGCAAUCCUUUAACUUGUAGCUGUGACUUGUCCUGGCUCCUCUCUAACACAGAGAAAAUGGUCCUGAGCAGGUCCAAUGACACUACUUGUACUCCAGUUGCAGAUCCCAACAGUACAUUUUCAUCUUCUCUUUCUCUUUCCCAACUGUACGGCAAGUGUCAUUCUAAAAGAAACUCAACCUUCAUGACAUCAAGUCCUCCUUCCUUGGAAAGCAGUGCUAACAAUUCUAGUAAACCAUUAAAUGGACCAAACCAACCAGUGACACUGGCUUCUCCCAGUUUCCAUAAAACAGAGCCCACAGCAUUUCCUGCUUUAGGAACACCAAACGUUACCAAGGAAAAUUCCAUCCCAAGCAAGAAAACUACCUUUAAUACACUGGAAUUUGUACUGCCUACCCAAAGUGUUGGAAGGAUAACAAUCAUUCCAACCACAGUCCCUUCAGUAGGUCCUGGUGAUGUGACUAUUCCACCCAGGGUUGGAAAAACAGCUCCAAAACUAAGGAAAGAAAAUACUACAAGGAAAAACUUCCUUAACCAAUCUACUAUUGAACCAGGUAUCUCAUUAACUACUUCAAACUCUACUCCAUUCCCUAAGCAGCACCCCAGGAUCCCUGCUCUUCCACACACAAUAAGCACUCCCCGAACCAAUGAAAGGGCACAGACCACUGGAGGACAUCAGCCAAGCGCUUCAAUUGCAGGGAUUCCAAUCUACAUGAUGGAUGACUACAGUUAUGAGGAGGAAGAAGACAGGAAGGAGCUGGUUAAGCAGGAUAUCCCCUGUGAUUAUCAUCCUUGCAAGCAUCUCCAAACUCCAUGUGAUGUACUACAGAAAUCAUUACGCUGCCGCUGUCCCGGCCUCAGUGGAGAAGACACCAUCCCAGACCCACCUAAACUCCAGGAAGUGUCCGAGACCACUGAUACAUCUGCGCUCAUCCGCUGGUGUGCACCCAAUUCUGUGGUGCACAUGUAUCAGCUUAUCUACCACCCUGAAAACAGAGCAGAGAAACAGACAGUGCUGAGAGAGAUCCACGCCAUAGCCAGGGAGCACCCCUUGCACGGGCUCUCACCAAGUACAACUUACAAUGUGUGUGUGUUGGCGUCUAACAAAGCAGGGCUGAGUCUAACCAGGACGAGUGAAUGGAGAAAAGCCUGCGCCACAUUUACAACAAAACCAAGUUUCUUAUUCAUUUUUGCAGGUCUGUGCAGCACAAGUGGACUAUUAUUACUUAGCACCUUUAUACUGUCUGUGUGUCUUUAUAAGAAGUGCAAAACCAGACAUGCAGAACAAUAUGAUACGCAUCUUGUUUCUUACAAAAAUCCAGCAUUUGACUAUCCAUUAAAACUUCAGACUUUUAAGUCUUAAGUGCCAAGGAAGCCUUUGUCUAAAAAGCUCAUUCUAAGGAACUGGCAAUCUUUGAUCAAGUUAGGUCAAAGUCCUCCCAAGGGAGAACAGAGAUUGAUGUACAAUUUACAUCAGUGAUAAAUUUGUGAGUAUGAUUUAUCACUACAAACAUUACUGACUUGUUUCUAGAGCAUAAAAGAGUGUAUCACCUGUUUCCAAAUUCCUUUUAGAAUACUCCACUGCAGGAAUAGAUAGAAUAUGAAGGGAAGUAGUUUUACGUGCAAAACUAGGUCAUUAUCAGUUUCCCAAAUUAUUGCAGACUACCUUAUAGUUCAAAAAGCCAUAAAUUGUAUAUAGACACUCCUUUCAAUGACGUCUAGAUUACAAGAACUGACAAUUAUAUAGUGCUUUAAACUUGGAAAGGUACUUUAUAGGCACUAUCUCUUUUAAGCCUCUCAAUAAUCAUGUGAAUUAAGUGCUAUAGCUUUUAAAUCUUUGAGACUUGCUAUAACAAUUUGCCGAACUAGUAGUGUUCUUCCAAACCAGAUCUCCAAACUCAGUUCUUAAAAAAUGUUCUUUUCCAUCUCCAGUCUUACCAUAUAUCUUGAUUACUAGGUAUAGUAAUUUAGUUCAUUGACAUUUAUUGGAUAUCUGCUAUGUAAAUUAGAUGUGCUGUCUGGUAAAAGCCCUUGAAUUUCUCAUAAAUUAAGUGUCAUUUCAAUAUUUAAUAAAAAUAUGUAAAAUAAAGCCCUAAUGCAAACAAAUGAUUCUUACAUUGUAGCUUUGCCUCUUUUAAAGCAUUAAGUCCAGCCAAGAUAUAACUGAUAACAGGACACUAGCCAAGGAAUUUGUCCAAGGAUUUCAGUAGAUUCUUCCCCUGAAGGUUGGAAUAUAUGGAUAUAAAUACAGAUCUUCUGACUACUUAGCUAAGGAUAAACAGGAUUUUCUGGUAUAUUAAUUUCAAUUCAUAGCUAAAAUGUCUUAUUUCCAAAAAACACCACCAGGACCAACUACUUUGAGAGACACAAGGAAGAUGUCUCCUCUUUUUUUAAGUACCUGGAAAAAGCAACAUCUGCUCCUAUAAACUUCAGCCUAUUAGAUUUUAAAAAGAUCUACUAUUGAAAAAAAUAAGUAAACAAGACAUUUUGGGAUUUCUGGGUAUCAAACAUGGCCGAAAAAUUCUUGUAUGUGUAACUACAGAUAAAAACAAUUCUCCUUCUAGUCUUUUAAAUCAUAAGGUUUUGUUUUUAAUGUUUUUCACAAAAAUAUGGGAAUAAGUAAAUCCUGUAUAAAGACUUUAAUGGUGAUAAUAUUUCCUGAGUUUGGUUUACUGCUUUAAAACGUUUUGCAUCCAACUACUUUGAGAAACACAAGGAAGAUGUCUCCUCUUUUUUUAAGUACCUGGAAAAAGCAACAUCUGCUCCUAUAAACUUCAGCCUAUUAGAUUUUUAAAAGAUCUACUAUUGAAAAAAAAUAAGUAAACAAGACAUUUUGGGAUUUCUGGGUAUCAAACAUGGACGAAAUAAAUUCUUGUAUGUAACUACAGAUAAAAACAAUUCUCCUCCUAGUCUUUUAAAUCAUAAGGUUUUGUUUUUAAUGUUUUUCACAAAAAUAUGGGAAUCCUGUAUAAAGACUUUAAUGGUGA